CGCCCGCACCAAGCGGAGCCGCCGCGGGGAGCGCGGCCGGGGCACCGUGCGAGCCGAGAGCGACGAGAUGCUGAUGAUGCUGACCUACUCCAUGGUGCCGGUCCGAGUGAUGGUGGAUUUAUGUAACAGCACAAAAGGGAUAUGCUUAACAGGCCCUCCAGGUCCCCCAGGGCCUCCUGGACUUGAUGGACUGCCUGGCUACAAUGGAUCAGAUGGAGUCCCAGGCAUACCAGGACAAAAGGGAGAACCAGGACUAAAUGGAAAAAGAGGAAAAAUAGGUCUGCCAGGACCAAAAGGUGAUCAAGGACAGAAAGGAGAACCUGGAGAAAUGGGUUUACCUGGCAAGGAUGGUAUGCCAGGAGUAAAAGGUGCAAGAGGAGCCAAGGGGGAAAAGGGGGAUGCAAGCAAUGAUGUGAUAUUAGAAGGUGCAAAAGGUGAGCCUGGACCACCAGGGCCCCCUGGACCACCUGGACCCCCCGGGCCUCCAGGUAAACGUAAAGGUAAAGCUAAAGCAGAGCUUCAGGAGAACACAUGCAGCAGCACAUGCACAGGUGAGUGUGCUGUACCAAAUGAUGACACCCUGGCUGGAAAAGCUGAAGACAGAACCCCUGAUCAUGGACAUGUGCUUUUUUUUCUACUAGAAUGCGUCAUAACAUCUGUGGGAAGUCCUGUUCACUUUGUCAGCGUUCAGCAAACAUUUGGAACUUGGAUGCGGGAGCCUGCAAAUAUAAGUGAUGAAAGGAUUUGGCUUACCAUGCAUUUCUUAGGAAACUCUAUAAAAGAAUAUGAGAAUUCCAAUGCCUUGCUGAAUGACAGCUACAGGAUCAUUAACAUCACGGGAUUCUUUUAUGGAUGUGGUCAUGCAGUACAAAACAAUCAUCUGUACUAUCAGAAGGGAGGAACCAAUGUCAUUCUGAAAUUUGGGCUCGACAGAGCAUCGCUGGGCACUCUGCUCAUUGAGAAUGCCCUACACCACGGGCGCAACUACCUCUUCUCGAACUCCAAGACGUAUUUCAACAUAGCAGUGGAUGAGAAGGGGCUCUGGAUUAUCUAUGCCUCGAGCACUGAUGAAAACAUAAUGGUAGCACAUAUUGAUGAAGAAACGUUUUCAGUCAUUCAGCACAUCAACACCACGUAUCCAAAGUCCAAGGCUGGUAAUGCAUUCAUAGCAUGUGGCAUUAUUUAUGUUACUGACACUAAGGACAUGACAGUAAGUUUUGCUUUUGAUUUACUGCAAGGGAAGCAGGUUGAUGCAAGGUUUGAAUUACGGUCUUCACAGUCUGUUCUUGCUAUGCUUUCGUACAGCCUACGAGACAAGAAUUUGUACACGUGGGAGAACGGGAGCUUAAUGGUGUACCCUGUACAUUUUGGGAGAUGAAAAUAUUUUAACAUGCCAUGUAUGGGAGCCAUGCUUGUCUAAAUAAUCUAUUUAAAGCUCUGUGACAUACACAUGUGGGUCUCUUCACUUGGCAUCAUUUUCUGUUUACUGAUGGUGGUUUGUGAGUGUGUCUAAAAGUGAGAUCAGGUG